GUACAGAGGAAGCACUGCAAGCAAAUGAGCAACUCUGUUCUUUUGAAGAAAGGAAUGUGAGAGAUGAUCAUUCUGUUUAUCCUCCAAAAGGUGUGGGACUAGAGAGUAUAGUGACUUAUAUUUUGAGGAACAAGAAGAUACCUGCUGCCCUGCCAAAGAAUUUGCAUGUACCAACAGCUUACAUGCACUAUCCAAAGAACCUUUUUCCGGAAGAAACAAUGUGCCAGAGAUGCCCCAGCAUUGUCCCACUUAGUGACCCUAUGCUGAUUACACGAAAGGCAAAAAUACUGACCAACUGGUGCAUUAUUGAAGAUAUUUCCACUUACUGCAAGCAGUGCCCACAGUGUGGAAUGUUCUAUCGCUACCAAGAGUGGAAAGACCACCUCCACAAUUUUAACGAUUACAUUAUUCUUGACUUGGCAUUAUGCCUGACCUUGAGAAACCUUCUCCAGGUCCAUACUGCAGUGAGCAGAGCUGUUGAAUAUUUACAGCUCACAGCAGGUGUGCAGUUUCCACCAUCGGACACAGUGCUGCAUGCCUAUUUACAUUUUGAGGCCCUGACGGAUCAUGAGUAUAAGUACUCGUGUGUCACUUGUGGUGAUCAUCCCCCAGUGGUGGUAAUGGAUUUGCACAAAAAAGGUGUUUUCAAGAUAUCAGUAAAUGAUAUAAAAAAACCACCAGAGAAUUUCAGAGGAGAGGUUGAUUUGGAAACUUUUUGGGAGGCAUUGUCCAAGGAGAUGAUUUGUCGUGGAUUUGUUGUCAGUGGAAGAUGUAAUCCUUUUGCAGUACCACCAAGUUUUCACUUUUGGGCUCCUUGGAUAGGCAGGAGGACUCGGCGCUCAAAUGUUGUGGUGAACACUGAAUUUGAAAAGAUUCAUUCUCCAAAGUCUUUGUCAGAGGCUGCUGAAAUUUUGGUUUCAGAAGACAGGCUUAUAGAUGAACUUUUCAAGCAGAAGGUUGAAGUGAUAAGAAAAUUGUGUAAAGAGUGUGGACUGGAUUCCAGUGGAUCACGUAGUGACCUGCUACUUAGACUAUCAAAUGAAAUGAAGUCUAGGCAAAUGUAUGACAAAAUAUUUCAAAACAUUUGA